AUGGACUGUUGCAAUGAGGAGGAGGGAAUAACAUGUCACUGAUGGGCCGCUUAGCCCUCAAGCCAAGUGUCAUCCUCAAGCUUACCACUUCUAUCCUCAUAUGAAAUGACUGUCAUACACUUCUCUGGGAUAAAGCAAGCUGCUGUAGUGGGUGGGGGGCAUAUUGGAGUGAAAGCAGAACUAUCCUCAGCCACUCUUGAGAGUUGGUUUGCCAGCCUCUAGGGGAGGUCUGGAGUUUUCCAGGACUUACAGGUAAUCUCCAGCCUACAGAGAUCAGUUUCCCUGGAGGAAAUGACAGCUCUGGAGGGCAAACUCUAUAGCUGCUCUGCUCCCUCUUAUGAUCCCUAAAUUCUGCUGUAACCAGGCACUGCCCACAAAUCUCCAGACAUUUCCCAAGCCAGAGUUGGCAAUCCUACUUGACGGUUUCUCCAAGCUGUGUAAGAGUAUAGAGCAGCAAUGCGCACUCGGACAUCCGUGCCUUCCAUCUCUAUACAUUGUCCAUUUUGCUAAUAUAUUGUAAAUCACAAAGUGAAAUUGAGUUGGCAUGUGAGGAAAUAAUAGAGUGUUCUGCAGGAAGCCCAUACUCUGUUUAUGUAUAGGCAGCUCCAGUAUCCAAGUUUGGACAAAUGUACCAUGGUGCUGCAGUUUGUUCCCCUCUGUCAAACUGUCAGAAGUUUUCCUUCCAGUGGUAACCUCUUUUUAUUUGCAUCACUGGUUUUGUAAAUGAAAAAACAGAACAUUAAAGUAUUAGACCUGAAACAACACAGCGGUUAAGACAGGCAAGUGUGACCUCUGAAAUACUUUAAGUAGACUUAUCAACAUACUAUGCUUGUUGCCAUUAAGAAUUUUUUUUAAUCUUGGAAAAGAACUGGAAGCUUUUCAGCUUGGUUUCUGGUGUACCUUGUAUAAAAGUUGCAGUAGGUGGCUUAAUAAUUUAUAAGGGCAACUGACUUUUGGUCUUUUUUUUAAGGUAAGCAUAUUUACUCUCAGCACAUUUAAGAGCAGCAUUGUGAAUAAUAGCCUGAUCCCAAAAUGCCAGACUUUGAUGAUAUCUUAGAGCAUAUUGGGGAGUUCAACCUAUUCCAAAAAAGAGUAUUUUUUCUCAUUUGCUUGCUCUCUGCUGCCUUUGCCCCAAUCUAUGUGGGUGUUGUUUUUCUGGGUUUUAUACCGGAGCACCGUUGCUGGAACCCUGGAGUUGCUGAGUUAAGCAGCAGGUGUGGUUGGAGUCUUGAAGAGGAGUUGAAUUACACAGUUCCAAAGGGAAAGACCAACAAGGAGACCUUAACUAGUCAGUGUCUGAGGUACAAUGUGAACUGGAAUGCAACUGAUCUGAGCUGUACAGAUCCAUUGGAAGGCCUUAUUACUCACUGGGACAAGAGCAAUCUCUCUCUCACCACUUGCCAAGAUGGCUGGGUUUAUGAUUCUUCCAUAUCAUCCAUUGUGAGUGAGUUUAACUUGGUGUGUGAAGACUCCUGGAAGCUAGAUGUAUUUCAGGCAUGUGUGAAUGCUGGGUUUUUCAUUGGGUCAGUAAAUGUUGGCUACAUAGCAGACAGGUUUGGACGUAAAACAAGUCUCUUAAUUACCAGCCUGAUAACCUCCAUUUCAGGAGUUCUUGUGGCCUUGGCACCAAACUACUUAUGGUCUGUGAUAUUUAGAUUCCUUCAAGGAUUAGUCAGCAAGGGCUGCUGGACAGCAGGCUACAUCUUAAUCACAGAAAUUGUUGGUCCAGGGUACAGGAGGACCGUGGCCAUUCUCUAUCAAGCGGCAUUUACUGUUGGUCUUCUCAUCCUUGAUGUGGUUGCUUAUGCAAUUCCUCACUGGAGAUGGCUUCAGCUUGCUAUUACCUUGCCAACCUUCCUGCUUUUACUCUACUACUGGUGCCUUCCAGAGUCUCCCAGAUGGCUUAUCUCUCAAGGGCAGAAUGCCCGAGCUAUGGAAAUUGUAGAUGAUAUUGCUAAAAAGAAUGGGAAAAUGUUACCUGCCCAAUUUGAGAUUAUUAUUCUUGAAGAAGGGAAUGAAGAAGAAGGGCAUGAAAAACCGAGCCCUUCGCUAACUGAUCUUGUAAAGACUCCUCAGAUGAGAAAAUACACAUUUAUUUUGAUGUAUAACUGGUUCACAAGUGCCAUAAUGUACCAGGGCCUCAUCAUGCACCUGGGAAUUGCUGCAGGCAACGUUUAUCUGGAUUUUUUCUACUCUGCUCUUGUAGAAUUUCCAGCUGCCAUCAUCCUUAUAUUCACAAUUGAACGCGUAGGACGUCGCUAUCCUUGGGCUGCGGCAAAUUUUGUGGCCGGGAUUGCUUGCCUUGCUGCAGCUUUCACUCCAGACGAUAUGUUCUGGCUCAAGGUUACUCUGGCUUGCCUUGGCAGAAUGGGAAUCACUAUGGCUUUUGAAAUGGUUUGCUUUGUCAAUACUGAAUUGUAUCCAACAUUUCUCAGAAACCUUGGUGUGAUGGUCUGUUCCUCCCUAUGUGAUUUGGGUGGAAUAAUAUCACCAUUUGUUGUUUAUAGACUAGCAGAGAUCUGGCAUGAGCUACCCCUUGUCGUCUUUACUUUAGUUGGUUUGAUUGCUGGUGGAUCAGUACUACUUCUGCCUGAGACUAGAGGGAGAACUUUGCCUGAGACCAUUGAAGAUGUAGAAAACUUUCAUCAGUAUCACACUAGUCAGCUUAAUUAAUGACAUGUUAAAAGAUUAUUAAAGGUGUUCAUUCAAAUGCUGUUUGAAAAGGGUCCAGAGUGUAUCAUGACUACAAGAAACAUUACACGAACAUAUAAUGUUUAUUUUUGUCCUGUGCCUGUGUGUGUGUGUGUUUGUUAAACUGAUUGAUGCAGUUAAUGCAGCAUGUAACUUGGGAAAUUUACAUUAACAAAAUAAAUCACCAUUCUGAAAAAUGAG